AUGUGCGGGAUUGACGGGAUUAUAGGAUGCGUCGAUGGAACACACGUUACUCUUUCAGGCCUUCCAAAGAAUGUGGAACACGCAUAUGUUGAUCGAGAACAUCAACAUAGUUUGAAUGUUAUGCUGGUCUGUGAUUCUGACUUGUUUAUAAUGAAUGUCAACGCGAACUUCCCUGGCUCCUGCCAUGAUUCCUAUGUGUGGGAACAGAGUGAUCUCUGUUAUUUCCUAGAAAGGAAGUUUUCAGGAUCACACAAUAACUCUUUUCUCUUAGGAGACAGUGGUUACGGUCUAAAACCGUGGUUGAUUACCCCAUUUCGAAAUGAGUCACCGGCAAGAGAGAGACGUUUCAACUAUAUCCUCUCGCAGGCACGCAGUGUUAUUGAAAGGACGAACGGAAGAUUAAAAAAUCUUUUUAGAUGUCUCAAUUCAGAACGUAAACUACGAUAUAGGCCUGAAAUUGCGGGACAGAUAGUUGUUGCUUGCUGUGUAAUUCACAACAUCUUGAUAUCCUCGCAGAUGAUUGCCAGAGGUCAUCAUUUUUUUGACGAAUAUGCCGAGGAAAUACCAGACAGACCAAUUAAUCCCCAAGCCAAUCAUUUUGAUGAUGGUGAAGUUGUCCGACAGCGAUUAAUGGACCUAGUAGUAAACUAA